CCCUGGUCGUGGAAAAUCCCCUGGGAAUGGAAUGCUCCACUCCCUUUCUUCGUAUUUAUUCGUAAAUCACUGUUUCUCUCCAAAUUCAAUCACAGAUGACGUUGUAAUUCAGGGCAGGAUAAUAAUCCCCAUCUAGUAAAGAGAAAUAACUACCACUGUGCGACUGAUCAUGGGUAACACUGGAAGCUCAGAUGUUUCCAAGGAACGUAAGCAUCGCCAUCAUAAGGGAACCCCAUCUCGACAGCAACAACGUCCCAGUCAGGCCAGUGCCAAUGUAACCAGCCAGGCAAGGCCUGCCUCAGAGGCAAAGCCUAUGGAAGAACCAGUAAAAGAUGUCAUGAUAAGCUACAGUAGAACGAAUUCAGAUAUUAUGACCAAAUUGAAAGCAUCAAUUGAGAAAGAAGGCAUUAGCGUUUGGAAUGAUGUGACAGAUUUGGAUGCUGGUGCUGAUUUCUUGAGUAAAAUUGGUCAGGCUGUGAUUGAUUGCAAGGUAUUCUUAUUCCUUGUGAGUGAGAAGGCAAUUGCAUCCAAGUAUUGUCAAGAUGAGCUGGCCUUGUCCUACAUCUCGAAUAAAGCCAUCCUGCCCGUCGGUUUGUCCGAUGCUGCUGACCUGUUUGCUAAUAUGGACACUGGAAUGCGUCUCCAGCUUGCAAGAUUCGAAUGGUACGAUUUCUCCGAUGUCAGUAAAUUUUACGACCAAGUGGUGCCUGUCAUCAAGAGAAUCAAGGAAGUAGUUGGCAACAAGGAUGAAAAUGUGGUCAAUACUUGGUUUGGUGGUCAUUCAGAAGAUGACGACAACAAGGAUGAAUCAGCUGGAAGAUCUAGAGGGUUAAACAGACAACAGAGUCGACAUAAUGUCUUGAAUCGUAACUUGUCUGAUGGUGGCGAAGAAGAUGAAAUUAAUGUGAUGGAUGAAGCACACAUGAACACAUUUUGGGAGCGGCACUUUCAGGAAAAUAAGGAGAUACCUUGGUUCGACUUUGUCACUAAAUUCACAAAGGAAUACGAGAAGCAGAUCAACCAGAUUUUCAAGGAGAAUAAGGAUAAAGUGUGGCUCAUCUCCAUCCUGCAUCGAGAGUUAGAAGUUGCUGCCAAUACGUUGUUGAAACGGAAAUAUGAUAGGUUCUGUAUGACGGCUAACGGCAGACAGCCUUUCUGGGUGCGUGUCCAAGACCAAGCGGUAGAGAGUUACACAAUCAGAGAAGUGUUCAACAUGGAAUCGUCUGUGCGUGUAGAAGCCAUUGAGAACUUGGGCAAGUUCAAGAGCCCACCUGUGAUUGAAGCCUUGAUCGAUCUUCUCAGCGACUCUGAUAACAAUGUCAAAGCUGUCGCUGCCAUCUCUUUGGCCAGGACUGAAACGAACACACCAAGAUCAAGAGAGAAACUCCUUGACUGCCUUGAUGAUAAGGAUAGAUUGGUUAGGGAGAGUGGCUGCCUUGCCUUAGGACAUCUCAAGGUCCAAGAAGCAGUGCCGAAACUUGUCCAACUUUGGCGUAAUGAUUUCAUCUCCACUGUACGAGAGGCAGCUUCGUUGGCCCUGGAGCAGGUUGGAGGAGAGGAAGCGAAUAAAGCCAUCCACAUGACCAAAGUCCUCAGUGAAGAGAUUAAACAGUUAACAGCAACACAUUAAACUGGGAUGCUAACUCUGAAUACUAGGUGCACAAGGAAACCACCAUGCCUGUUCUACGAAGGCAAAUACAGUGGAACCCCGGUAACACGACCUCCCAAGGGACUAAGCCGAAGUGGUCGUGUUACCGGGGUGGUCGCGUUAGUGAAUUUAAGAAUCAUAAGUAGGUUUUCCCGCCAAAACAUCGUCCUAGCAGAUAUGCUGUGUGUACAUUGACAUGCAUUAAUGACUACGCCACCGGGUGAUUCGAUAAUUUGUGUGUAUAUCACGAAUAAAAAAUCAUUUUCUUGAGUGUUUUGCGUUUAAUUUACAACUUAUGUAAAUGAGUAAAUAAACUGACGAGAGCUAAUUAGACCAAACUUUACAUUAAAACUUGAGCAUGCUAAUUAGAGCAAGCAUGUCAUUCACACCAUCGGCAGCUGCCCUUCUUGAUGUCAAGCUAAUAUUCCCGCUAACAUUGAGAGAGGUGAUGUGAGAAGAUGUUGAGAAUUAUUCCUGAUGUCUUCCUGCUUUAACUUCAGCCAAUUUGAACUGGUACUGAUUAAAUCAUCUUUUUAAAAACGUAUUUUAUCAAUAUUACGACGUAGUAAGCAUUCUUUACUUUGAGUAUCGGUAUGCCUACUCUUACUAAUCAACAUAAUUUAUUUGUCCUAAAAACUACGUGUGCAUGCCUCUUGACAUCAUUUAAUACUAAAUGAUGAAAAACAAACCGUGAGUCGAAAAGAAAGUUUAUUCUUCAUUUUAUUUGCGCUUACAUUUGAUCAAACUCACUUACACAUCAUUUAUUUUCAUAUGGAUUCCCAUGGUCAUUGUGUUCGAGGUGCUAACUAUCAACACGGAUUUGCGAGAAGGUGCCAAUUGAUACGAUGCGGUCAUGGUUGAUUACGGCAAUUAGGCCUCAUGGUCGCGUUAGCGGGGUUAAUUUGCAGUUUGGGACCGACCAAGCUGGUGGUCGCGGUCUGGGUACCGGGGUGGUCGUGUUAGCGAGGGCCAGUUAAUGAGAAUUAGAGAGAAAACCAUUCGGGACCGGAGAAUUUUGGUCGUGUUCGCGGGGUGGUCGCGUUACUGAGGUGGUCGCCGACCGGGGUUCCACUGUAAUUGCUUUCACCCCUUUGUAUCCAAUUAUUAUGGAUUAAAAGCAGCUGAGGCCUCCUAAUCCAGUCUUCAAAAGUGUUCAAUUUUAAGUUUUAUCUGCUAUGCUGCCUUCACCAAUUACUUGGUAGUAUAUUUGCAUGUUUUUGAUUAGUUGACUACCGGGCAUGCUGGUAUAAAGAAAGGUGGAGUCGCAUGUCUUGAAAUCGGAUUAUCACAGACCAGCAGAUGACCAGACACUAUUUGAAGAGUAGACAAGGUGUUCGCCAUGUUUGGUGUAGAAUACUUUUUUGAUCAUGUGAACUACCUUGGUGAGCUGCUGUAUGUGUAAAUUGUCGACCUGGUUUUCACCCAAAACAAUCCUUCAUGCACACUCAAACAUUAUCUAACCAUUUGAAGAUGAGGCGAGAUUGCCCCAAUUGAUCUGAGUUAAAUGCAACACAGGAACAUUGUGAAGUUGACAUGCAGACAAAUGGUUUUCGGAAAAUGCUUGAGAAUGAUUUGAGUAGUUGUGGGGGAAAAUAGGGUCCACGACUUGCACCAGUUCUUGUCAAAGUAGAAGGUUCAAUUAUAAAUUAUAAGGCCCGCCUAUUUGCAGCUGCCUUCAUGAAGGAAAGAGCUCUAGAAUACCCACCUUCUGAGUGAUUGGAGCGCUUUAUAAAUAAUUUUAGAUGGGAUUACCUGAAAAACAGACACAGGUGCCAAUGAACACAGCAAAAGGUGGUUAGAUGUUGUCAAAUUCAUCACAAGCCGGUGUUGUAUUUGCGGCACCUUGUUUUUUGGUCGGAUACUUUGUUAAUGAGAGCAGAUAGAUAGUUGAUGGUUAGGCCAAAGACGUGCUUUCAUGUAGCAUAUUCUGUUGGUAGUAUUUUGCACUUGCUAUUUAUAUAAUGUCCUCAAAUCAUGUAGGCUUCACAGAAAAAUAUCUAUAUUUUUUAUCUAUAUUUUUUCCUGAGAAUAGAGGCGUGUUUAUAUUGUGCAUUUUAGACACAUAGAAAGUCGGCCAAAACAGUCCUCUUAAAGCAACAAAGCUGAUGUAUUGUGAUUUUUUUGGAAAAGUCACUUUUCACAGAAAUACUUCAAAAAUAAGUUUUUUUCUACACCCUGUACGUGGACAUGAAAAUCUGCUUGCUCUGUUAUUCUAUGCAUCCCAUAGCUUGUCUGAGGAAGAGUGCCAAGUAUUAUAUCAUCAUUUCUAACAUUUUAAGUCUGGGAUGAUAUCAAUAUGCAAAAGAUAAAGGGUCCUGUUGCUGAUUUGGUGUUAGUAUAGUGACGUUGGCAUUUUAAAAAGUCCUGACUAUUGUAAACGAAAUUUACUGAAGGUGAUAAUGUUCAAUCAGCUAAUGGGAAUUAGUCUCUAACACCAAUAAGGCAACUGGGCAAAGAUCAGCAUUUUGUGAUGUUAAAACUUUAUAAACAAUAUAGUGAACACAAUACUUCUUGUAUAUAGUGUAGGUUAGAAGUGGUAACGUAUAAUGGUAUCGACAGGGAUUUAUACGCAAUGAGAAGACAAUAUAUAAAAGAUGUGUAUAUUUUUCCACAAAUAUUUAUUGUGAUAUACAAUUUUUGUCUAAAUGCCAGACUUGUAUACAACUGGUCAUUCAUGCAAGGACACAAAGUUGGUGUUAACAUCUUAUCGAAUUCUAAUACAAGCUAAAACAUA